CAUGAUCUCUUGGAUAGACUUACUGUUCUGCCCAUCAGCGUCAAUUCAAGGGUACGAGGCGUCAUUCCUAACAUCCAUCUGUAGAAGGUAGGUAGGUACCUAGGUAGGUAUCUCGUCGAUUACCUAAGGCAACGGGGCGCGCCUGGGGUACUGAAGUACAUACCUAGGCAUAGAAUGCAGUGCCCCAAAAUCGGCAGGCGGCGAGCGGUGGCAGAGAAUAUUCAGACGCGUUCGCAGUCAAUUAACGCGCGUUUCGAGGCCCUCUUUAGCUUCCUGGCAAAAUAACCCGCUGCCGUCAAUCUCGACUUCGAUUAACCCGACUGCAGUACGAGGCAGCGUACCAAGGCUUUUUCCCUUCUUCUCAAGCCAGCGCAACUCUUCGAAAUCGGGAUCAAACACCGAAAAAUGGCUCUCAUCGUCGAUAAGCACCGACCGCGUUCCCUCGAUACCCUAACCUAUCAUCCCGAGUUAUCGGAGAGACUGAGAUCACUGGCCCAAAGUGGCGAUUUCCCUCAUCUCCUCGUGUAUGGUCCUUCCGGCGCCGGCAAGAAAACCCGUAUCGUCGCGACGCUGAAGGAGCUCUACGGCCCCGGUGUCGAAAAGAUCAAGAUCGAUGCUCGCGUCUUCCAAACCACGUCCAACCGCAAGCUGGAGUUCAACAUCGUCGCGUCCGUCUACCAUCUCGAGAUCACACCAUCCGAUGUCGGAAAUUAUGAUCGAGUCGUCGUCCAGGAUCUGCUGAAAGAGGUUGCCCAGACGCAGCAGGUCGACCAGUCGGCCAAGCAGAGGUUUAAAGUGGUGGUCAUCAACGAGGCGGACCAUCUGACACGAGACGCCCAGGCCGCGCUAAGGAGGACGAUGGAGAAAUAUAGCCCGAAUCUACGACUAAUCCUCCUAGCCAACAGCACUGCCAACAUCAUUGCGCCGAUCCGGAGUCGAACACUCCUCGUACGGGUGCCCGCGCCCACGAUUGACGAAAUUGCGGGCGUGCUCGCGGACUCGGCCGAGAGAGAGGGCUGGCCCGUCGUCAAGGGCUUACAUAAGAGAAUUGCCGAGGAGAGCGGGCGGAACCUCAGGAGGGCGCUGCUGAUGUACGAGGCCGUGCACGCGCAGAAUGAGAAAGUCACGGAUGACACGCCCAUACCGCCGCCGGAUUGGGAGGCGCUCAUCACGCAGAUCGCCAAGGAUAUCAUGGCAGAGCACUCACCGGCCCGCAUCUUGCAGGUCCGCUCGAAGCUGUACGAUCUGCUGACGCACUGCAUACCGCCCACCACGAUACUCAAGACCUUGACCUUCAAGCUCAUCCCCAUGAUCGACGACGGGCUGAAAUGCGAGGUCAUCAAGUGGUCGGCCUUCUACGAGCACAGGAUAAGAACGGGCACCAAGGUCAUCUUCCACCUGGAGGCUUUCGUGGCGAAGUUCAUGAGGAUAGUCGAGAUGUAUUUGAUGAGCAUAGACAUGUGAGCGGGGAUCGAGGGAUUGAGGGACGGAGAGCAGCGGGGGCGGACGGGGCAGACGGGCAGACGAACGAAUCGGCACGGAGCACCCAGGAGGGGGCACCCAGAGGGACGAUAAUGGCUAGACCGCGCCCGACCUGACAGGUAGACGUGCGCGGAGGGUCCUUUGGGCAGAGGACAUCCGGUUCAUUCCGACAGAAGGAGGAAAGCCUCGUCGAAGCCGUAGCCGAUUUCGCGCCGAAGUUAGACGCGGGACUGGUUCGGCUGUCAAGGGUUACAUUUAGUUGGGCGGAUACGCGUGAAUACAUAAGUAUAACACCUC